AUGAGCACCUCUGCAACGUCCUCAAUUGCCUUAGGCGGUGGAUCCGCUGAGGCUUCUGCUGCCAAACACACAUCAAAGCGUCCAAAAUAUUCAAGAUUUACCCAACAGGAGCUUCCAGCAUGCAAACCAAUUCUUACCCCAAAAUGGGUGAUUCUAACUUUUCUUACCUCGGGGGUGAUAUUUAUUCCUCUCGGAGUGAUUUGCCUAUUUGCUUCUCAGGGUGUCACCGAAAUUGUUGAUCGAUAUGACACAGACUGCAUUCCAAUAUCCUCUAGAGACAACAAAGUCAGAUACAUACAGGGCUUAGAAGAUAAGAGGUGUAACAGAACAAUAAUGGUGACAAAAGCUAUGAAGAAUCCUGUCUAUGUUUAUUACCAGCUUGAGAACUAUUACCAAAAUCACCGACGGUACGUGAAAAGUCGACAAGAUGGACAAUUGAGAAGUCGAAAAGAUGAACACGAUGUGAAAUCAUGUGCGCCCGAGGAUACUUUAGGUGGCGAGCCUAUUGUUCCUUGUGGUCUUGUUGCUUGGAGUUUGUUCAAUGAUACUUAUGACUUCACUAGAAACAACCAAAAACUAUCUGUGGAUAAAAAGGGCAUCUCAUGGAAGAGCGACAGAGAAGCAAAGUUUGGUAAAAACGUCUUCCCCAAAAAUUUCCAGAAAGGAUCUCUCAUCGGCGGUAAAAGUCUUGAUCCAGAGAUUCCGCUGAGUGAGCAAGAAGACCUAAUAGUCUGGAUGCGAACUGCGGCUCUACCAACAUUUAGAAAGCUGUAUGGUAAAAUAAAUACUGAUCUUGAAGUUGGAGACACCAUAAAGGUAUUGUUACAAAACAAUUACAACACGUAUAGCUUCAAUGGGAAGAAGAAGCUUGUGCUAUCUACAACUAGCUGGCUAGGUGGAAGGAAUGAUUUUCUUGGGAUUGCGUAUUUGACUGUUGGUAGCAUAUGCUUGUUCUUGGCUGUUUUCUUCUCUGUCUUGUAUCUCGCAAAUCCAAGGCAACUGGGAGAUCCAUCGUACUUGUCAUGGAACAGAAGUGCUGGAGGUGGACGAUGA